AGCAGUUGACUAAAUAAUAAUCAAGUUGAAAAUAUGCUUGCAAAAGUUAAUUUCUAUUUAGUUGCAAAGUACUUCUUCUGGACAAAAGACCCAGAUUUUUGUAUUAUAGCUUAGAAUCUAUAAUCGGUAGGAUCGUAUCGAAUUAGUCUCGGCGCGAAGCGUGACGUAUUUCAUACCUAUUUUUGAUAAAGUGAACUUUCUGUGUAAAUAAUUAACCAACAACAAAAUACUUAACUUAAAAUCAUGUCGGCUUUAAAUGUGAACGAUAUUUCUUAUGAAGAAAAACAAUUGUUUGUUCCAAGUUUAAAUGAGGUUAAAACAGUCCUCGAGAGUGCCCUUUUAAACAACUUUGAAGAUGUCACCGUUGAGGUUGUGGAGUGCCCAAAUUUAUCAAAAUCACCCUAUGAUUUGGUAGAUUGUGGACUUGGUGGCUCUCCCUUAUUGCUUGAAGUUGGUGGCCCACCAUUUCUGCUGCCGCUUGUUCAAAGAAGUAAGGUGUACGAUCUUAAAAGUCUCAUUAGAAAAUGCUAUCCUGCUGCAAACUCUAGCAUUUUGGCUAUCGGUGCUGGAGCCGGACCAUUCCCGAUUCGUGGAACUAACUGUGAAGGAAUUUACAAUAUGAAAGUUGCUGCAAAUGGAGAUGUCACCAAUAGCAGUUAUACAGCCAAGGUGCAUGGUCCAAAUGAAGAAUGCGUUUUGGAGAAAGUCCCUCCAACAGAGACAAGGAGUGCUCUAUUGUUGAAUUUGUUCCUCAGCCAAGGAUUACCUGGAAAAGUUCUCAAAGUUGUUUGUCGUAAGCGUAAGGGAAAUGAAAAUUUUGUAGAAUGCAUGCGUCUUGGAUUGGCGAAAAAUUAUGGUGAAAAAUGUGUAGGAAUGGGAGGAAUCUUUUUGAUAAAGAAGGGUCAUGUUCAUCAGCACGUAAUGCGCGACUUUUCAAAGACACCAAUCCACACAGAUGAGGAUGUGAAUAAUUGGCUCAAAUUUUACAAUAUGCCAGCUCAACUUAAUGCAGUCGGAACCUUAGUUACUCAUGAAAAUGAUUUGGAUCUACGUCUUCAACAUUUCCAUAGUUUUUCUUCAAGCAAUUGGGGUGGACAUUAUCAUUAUGAUACAACACCGGAUGUUGUAGAAUAUGAAGGCUACUUCAACAUUGCAGAAAAAAUCGUGCGAAUGGAUAAACCCACUGUUACACACAAAGUUGGCAGGGAUUAAGUGGCAAAGCUAUUUUUAUAUAAACAAAAAAACAAAUUUGAAUAUGUAUACUAAAAUUAUAUUUUUAUACUGGCAAAUAAAAUUGGUUCAACAAAAAUUAUAACACAUCCCACUAAAAAUAGGAUUUACAUGAAUAAAAAACAAAUUUCAUUUAUAGAA